AAGAAGGAAAGCACAUUAGACCAUGCGAACUAAAUUUGUGAUCGCACAAAAUCAAGAUGUUAGGCUGAUGCUGAAGAUCACUCCGGUCCACAGGGAAAGUUUUCAUCUCUGGAGUUGGAAGCUGAGGGCCGGUGGGGCAACAUGGCCGAAGGCGGGGCACGCAAAGGUGAAGAGCCAGAAAACCUGCCUGAGCUGGUAGAGGAUGAAGCCCAGGUUCUGCAUGGAACUGGCCACUGUAAAUGGUUCAACGUGCGCAUGGGAUUUGGAUUCAUCUCCAUGAUAAGUCGGGAGGGAAACCCCUUGGAAAUUCCAGUGGAUGUAUUUGUACACCAAAGCAAACUAUUCAUGGAAGGAUUUAGAAGCUUGAAAGAAGGAGAGCCAGUGGAAUUUACAUUUAAAAAGUCCCCCAAGGGCCUUGAGUCAAUACGGGUAACAGGCCCAGGUGGGAGCCCCUGCUUAGGAAGUGAAAGAAGACCUAAAGGGAAGACACUGCAAAAGAGAAAGCCAAAGGGAGAUAGGUGGAGACGGCAGGAUUUACUGAUGGAUCAGAUGUGGACUGUGAGAGAAGAAGAGUCCAGGAUGAUUCCAAGAUGCUACAACUGUGGUGGUCUUGACCAUCACGCUAAAGAAUGCAGUCUACCUCCUCAGCCAAAGAAGUGCCAUUACUGUCAGAGCAUCAUGCACAUGGUUGCCAACUGCCCACACAAGCUUGUUGCUCAGCUGCCUGCCAGUUCUCAGGGAAGACAGGAGGCAGAAUCCCAGCCAUGCACUUCUCUGUCACCGAGAGAAGUGGGAGGGGGGCAUGGCUGCACAACGCUGUUUCCUCAGGAGGCGAAGUCAGAAAUGGCGGACCGGUCAGACAGGUCACCCCAAGAAGUUUCUUCCACGAAAGCAUUUGCAGCAAUAGGAGAGCAAAACAAAAAGGGGCCUUUGAUUCCGAAACGGAAAAAGACUUAGUAGUUGUCAGUGCUCUCUUCACCUGGUUGGGAAGUCUACCUCAUGCAAGCACAGGGAUAGUGUGUCACAGAGAACAGCUGACCGGGGUUUCAACUACUGCUGAGGAACUGUGAAGUUCUUAAUUAGACAAAUCACUCUUAAGCAAACUACAUUUAAGCAGGGUGUCAUGUUUUAUAGAAUUGAGAAACUACAUAUAGUAUGUGCAUAAGUGAGAGGGGAGACCUGAGUCCGUGUGUAUGUGUAAGGAUUUCACAUAAGAGUGGCACGCACACACACACACACACACACAUAUGUGUGGUUGUCUUACAUGUGUAUGUGUGUGUGUAGGUAUGAGCACAUACUCUUCCUCAGAUAAUUGGGUAUCUCCAAGCAUUGAAAAUCCAUGUGAAGCAUUUGAGAUGGUUUCAGAGUUAACCCUUGGAAUUUUUCCUAAAUACUACUUCUUUUAUAUUAUGUAAAAAAUAACCACGUGACUGUUACCUUUCAUGUGAACCAAAGCAUACUUUAGACCUCAGAGCUGCCAGUCAAUGGUACUAAAGGCUUUUGGGAUACUUGGUGCCUCCCAAGUCUGUAUUCAUAACUCUGUCUUCAUGCUGAUGGAGUGUUUUGCUGUUGUUGUUAUUUGUCUUCUCCUAUUUGAAGAUAGUAACUUAACCCUAGAUGCCUCUGACUGCCAUAAGCUUUUAAUUCUUGGAUACGUAACUCCAGAAAAGACAAUGAAUGUGAAGUUUCUAUGCUGAUAUUUCAGUGUCUUUUAUUCUGUUUUGAUUGUAAAUUACAUGCCUAUUAAGAAAAAUGAAGGGAGGGUAAUGUAUAUAGUAAUAUGAUUCUUUUCAGUGGGAUUUUGAUACUAGGUCUUUUACAAGUGUUCUGAGGUUUUUAAGGGAUUGUGGCAACAGAAGCCUUCUUUGACUAAGUAGCUUUUGAACCAUCGCUUAGAACAGGAAGGUCUCUUACUUACUACUGAAGCCUUAGAGAAAAACUUAAUUAUUUGGGUAUAUUUGGGUGGCUGUUUGUAUUUCCCCUGGAGAGUCCUCAGACCUGUUUCUAAAACAAACAAAAGCAGCAUAGAAAUAAAAUAGUAGGGCUUAGAAUGAAAAUUAAGUUGCCCAAUAGAUACAGCCCAUGGUUGAUACUAAAAAGAAUAGUGUUUGGUGGCAGGCAGACUGAAUGACAGGCCAGGAGUAGAGGUACCAAACUGCCCACAGUUAUGUGGCUAGAAAUGCUCUGUGAUAGCACGGAUGCCAUGGCAGUUUCCCUGAGUAUAGAAGCUGGAGUAACCUAUGUGACAGAUUCAGGAUGAGCGUUCAGGGCGAGUCACAGAAUCUUCUCAGACAGAUUCUCAGCUUGCCAACAAAUUGACUAGGGACCGAUCAGAGUAUUGGGCUGUUUUCCAUCAUGUUUUAUUUUGUUUUAUUUUUUUAAUGGAGUUAGCCUGGUUCUAAAUGCGAUGAGCAAACUUUUGAAACAUCUUCAAGAAGGUACCAAGGAAUUGCAGUGCAGAUUUUGGCUGUAACUAUAGCGGCCUGUUGGUAUAAGCUCAGAUAAUCAAACAAGAAAGCGCUGUGACUCGUGUGAGACACAUUCUACGGAGGAGUCCCUUCUCCUGUGUCUUGUCAUGGGAGGUGGGUGAUGCUAAGGUCUCAUCAGGCCACUAGAAGAAACUGUCUCCGACUAGCUUGCCGGUCCUUUCCAGAGUAGCUUGAGUUUCUUGACAGUAUUUAUGAGAAUUCCCAUAGUGUUUUACUGACGUAUCAGUGUGCUGUAAUACAGAGCUUACCUUUGACGAUAUUGAAUGUUAUGUAGCCAUAGAGAAGGCUGCCUUGCCUUAACGUGAGGAUUUCAAGCUUAUUUAAAUUAUGUAGACAAAUCAAAGUGUCAUCCAAGUAUAAUGAACAAGGUUACAGUUGUACAAGCAGAAUAUGAUAGGUCACUUUGAACGUUCAAACCAAAGUUCCUUAACUAUAAAAGUAGGAAAUAGUGGACUUGAAAAUUGGACAUUCUGUUUACAUAUAAAAAGUUCAGAGCUGAAGUCAUUUUUAAAAAUGAAAGUAGAAAAUUCAGAAACACUUGAACUAUAGACCUUCUGGGUGCAGUUGACUUCUUUUUCAGCUUCUGACCAGACUGACUUACUAAAAGCACAUACCAAACCUAUCUUAUGGUUAAAAGUUUAUUUUUUUAUAUGAAAAUAUUGUCACUGUUACAUACUCAGGACAAAGAACUUUUUGCUCAGGGAACAUACCAUAUAAUGUUUUUAUUGGUUUUUUUUUUUUUUUUUUUUUCAGACUAGUCUAUAAUCCUGUUUUCUCAGAACAAGCCAAAUAAAUUAAGUCUUUAUGUACGUACAUGUACAACUACCUCUGAGUUUGACAUUGAUCGUAAUUCUGAAUAUCAUAUAUUAGUCCUUUUUUUAUUUCAUGUCAGAGUCUUGUAAAGCAAAAUUCCACUCCCUGCACAUGUGAAUUCACUGAUAUGAGCACUUGUUCAUUCACACAAGUGAAACAUUCUGUUUACAGCAGAUGGCUACCUCCUAGCUACUACAUAGCACACCUUGGUGCUGCUGCAGCCUACGGGUUGCUGAUAAUUCUCUGGUACAGACACAUUAAUCUGUAGCACAGAUAGGCAUUUUCAACUGCAUGUUUCUGAAAAAUGCCUGUUUUUCUUAUUGACUUCUCAUGUUAGGUAGCAAAGUCUCCAAGCAUUUUCUUAAAGUUAUCAUGUAUUGAAUUUAAGGAAGUAUGGGCACUCUUUAUCCUAAGCAAAAUAGAAUACAGAAACAAUCUUGAAAAUAGAUCUGUUACCUAGAGGCGAGGGGCAGGAGAGUUAACAAAAGCAAGCUCGGUGUUUAUAUUUUGCUGACAAGUGUUACAAAAGAUUCCUACCCACUUCACUUGUAUCUCUACUGUACUGAAGGCAAAGGGUACUGCAGCAUUCCAGGCCCCGGGCACAUAACUAACUAGCACCAGCUUGCCACGGGGGAACUUAAAGUGCAGUGCUGCUUUGAGCCAGGAGGCAAAGGGGUCUUUGCAGGGAUUUCUAAUAGUGGAGUGAUGGCCCGUGUGUUGAACCACUUUUUGACCUCCCCCUCAUAUCGGCACAAAUGUAAUUCCUAAAAAUUGAUUCACUACCAGCCUUUAGCCUGUGAACUAUUCAUUCUCUACACAGCAGGUCAUAGUGGAGACAUUUUUGUAUGUGCAUUUCUACUCUUUGGAUGUAUUUUUACAAAUGAAAGAUUUAGGAAGAUUUUUAUCUGCUUAUAACUUGGAAAUGUUAGUGUGCAAUCUAAAGAAAAAGAUAAAGACACCACGUUAUUAGCAUCAGUCCACCUCCCAAAUAUAGGAUGUUUUUAUUGCCAAUUAUUUUUGUAUUCUGGCUGAGAUUUAUUUUGCGCCAGUGCAGGCCUAACUUGUCUCUGGUUGUAUGUAGUUUGUGAAUAGAAGCCCAUAAGUGUUAAUAGACCUUGUAACAUUCACUGUAAGAUGAAUUAUACAGGAUGUGGGGAAUCUCAUUAAGUCUUAAAGUUAAUUUAAAUUAAUUUAUCUGUUUUCUCUAAGAAAUGUUUAUCAUAAAUAUAUAUGUAAUUUCCCAUGUUGGUAUAAAAUCUAGGGAAUGUGCAAGUGGAGUUGUGCUGACUUUAAUUUUCUAGAUGUCUUAAUGAGAUUUGUUUGUUUUAGAAAAAGAACAACUUGUUGAAAGCAUCCAGUUCUGUCUUACAUACUGUCAACAGCCUCUUGAAGAUGUGCCUGUGUGAUCUGUGACCUACUGUUCGUUUAAAGUGAGGCUCAUUGUUGACCUUACACUUGGACCAGAACUAUGGCAUUAUGGUGAAGUCCUAUACUGUGAGAAAGUACCCGGAUAUGCGACACACCUGUGGCUUACCCCUUGACGGUCCCAGUGUGAAAAUGAUGGCGUUGACUACCUCUUCAGUCACUCUGGCUGUCAACCACAGGCACCUAGCACCAGGCUGGCUUUAAUUAGUGUGUGUUAUUUUUGUGGUGAUAACACCUCUAUCCAUAUAAAGACCAAAGUGAACCCUGGUUUCUCUAUGUCUUUAAUACAGUGUUUUAUCUAGUAUUUGAAAAUGAUCUUGUGUAGUGUUUAGAUUACCUCACUCCAUUUCGUUUCAUGUUGUUUACAAGUGAACAUUUUUUAAAGAUACACUUGAACUUGCGUUAGAAAGAACAAAAGAGGAGUUGAUAGUAGACUGGCAGGCUGCAUCCCCGUCCAUCGGAGGACUGUUCUCUGCAGACAUGGGCCUAGUGCUAUCUCUGUACCGAAUGUCUUACUCUGUUGGCUGUUGAUGUUUUGGGGUUUAAAAUUAUGUGAUGGAAAAAUAAAAGACACAAUGUUGGUGUUUAAGAUGGGUUUGGA